GAUUUGAAUUUAAAUAUUUACUCGCGCUUGUAUUUGGUAGUUGAAGUUGUUUAUCGAAACCUAAACCUUCGAAAGCUAAUCGCUCGAGGAGCAUCAGUUCACCUGGCAUUUCUGUGUGUUGUGAACCCAAAAGCAACAAUACACACUGUGUGUAAUUACAAUUUAACGUCCGUAAACAAUUUUUCCGGUGUCUUCGCGUGCUCUUAUUUAUAGUCGGUCCGCCGCCAAUUCCAGCCAUCUGCCAGACGCUUUUCUGAAAAAUCCAAUAAGAUGAGCAUGCAGUAUAGGGUGCAGGGUGUCGACCCAGUCCGAUCGUCGUCGGCCCCGACCGAAAAUCCUCCAGUCAACGCAGCGUCGGUGGAGUCCUCAGUUGUCCGCAUUCAACCGUCGCGACGCUUUACAACUUGCGAGCUUUUGGUGCGGUAAAAUUGUGCGAUGGUGCCGCGUGAAAUUUGGUGAUUUUUGGUGAUUUUUCCCGCACUCGAGUGGCAGUGUGUGACCUCGUUAUGUGUUGUGAACUCUGCCAACUUGUGCCAAAAGUGAAGUAAUUCCGGAGUUGAAAUGGCCGGAUUUUUACACUGGAGGCUGGUUUGCUGCGUUUUGCACGUUUUAUUGCAAGGUGGGCUCUCGUUGCACUUACUGGAACUUCGAGUUCCUAGUCCGGUGGUGAGGAACCAGGACGUUCGUCUUGAGUGCCACUUCGACUUGGACGACGAGGUCUUAUAUUCCGUAAAGUGGUAUAAGGACGGCAAUGAGUUCUAUCGCUACGUACCCCGUGACAUGCCACCUGCUCAAGUCUUCCAUCUUCCGGGCGUCAAGGUCGAUAUCCACAACUCCAGCGAGUCUGCUGUCGUUUUGUCUUCCGUUGAGCUCUCCAGCAGCGGUGUUUACAGAUGCGAGGUCUCUGGAGAGGCUCCCUUCUUUCAGACCGUCACCGAACACCGCGAGAUGUUGGUCGUAGCAUUGCCGGAAGAGGGCCCCCGAAUAUCAGGUGGCCGUCCCCGCUAUCAAGUUGGUGAUACGGUUCGAGUGAAUUGCACGUCGGGUCGGUCUAAACCCGCCGCCAAUUUGAAAUGGAUGAUCAACGGAGAGCCGGCGGAUCCGAAAUUCCUCGUUCCCCACAAAAAGAUCAUCACUGGACGAGAAGGACUCGAGACGACGGUUCUAGGACUGCAGUUUGUCGUGCGUCAUAAGCACUUCAAACGAGGAGAUAUGAAGCUCAAAUGCGUCGCUUCGAUCGAAAGUGUUUAUUCGAGAAGUAAUGAAGAGAGUGUUGAGGGCGAACGGCCGCAGAGAGCCUCGGUUCUGGAAAGUCGAGGGACGGUGGCCCCCGCCGGCUCCAGGGCCGACAGGGUGCAAGCCGCAGGAAGCCGGAAAGCGUUUCUCCCUCAUGUUUCCCUCGUCGCGAUGUGUUGUUUUUUACUCGCAUUAUGUCCAAGGUAAUUGUGUUCUCUUGAUCAGCUUCUUGCUAAUAAGCCAAAGACACUUGUGUGAGUGAUAUGAAUUUAACUGUUGCUUUGUACAUUCCUUUAUUAUUGCUUUGUUUUUCGUCCUGUUAAAGUUUCUGUAGUUUCAUAUGGCACUAAUUUAAGAAUUAAGCUUUAAGUUCGGUAUAUGUUUAUAAAAUGUAGCCAUUUACUAUUGUACAUAUCUAUAAUUAAUAAAUGUUUCCAACAAUCAAAUCACUCUUCUAGUCGUAUCAUUUCGGGCAUCGAGCUUGCCAUUUUUAUCCAGAAAUGUAAGUAUCAUACCUAGAUUGUAAAUUUAAACGCUUUGUUCCAUCAAAGAGAGGAAUUGAGCCUUUAAAUGAUUAUGUGAGCACACUGUUCAUGUCAUUGUAAUUAAAGAAUUUUCCAUAUAAUUACCAAAAUUAAGGCUAGUCUGUUAAUGAAACUGAAUACGUUUAUGAUUUAAAUUUUAGGGAAAAAAUUGUAUAAAUAUCUCAAGUGUUAUGUGCAUAUACGAGAAAACACGUUAGCGCUUAAGGUUUAUCUUUGAUAAUGCACUUAUUUCAAUCUAAGUCCCGCAUGAAAUUUUUUGGACAAGAUAAGUUUUGAUUGAUUUCCGUUAGCUGUCUUAGUUCCUGAAAUUUAUCUUGCCAAAAUUUCAUGUUACUUUACAUUAAAAUAAAUCCCUGUGAUGAAAAAAAAUUGUAAGGUUGACGACGAGGUCAAUUGGUGGUUAAUUAGGACGAGUCGAACGCCUCGUUCGACUAUAACUAAAUUUAUAUGUAGCGAAGAUUAAUUUUAAAUAUUGUGUAAUUACUCUAAAAUUAACUAAAUGUAUAUAUAACGCAUGAGUAUUGCUGUAACAAUGUUAUUGAAUUUGAACCGCAUCGAGAAGGUUUCUCUCGGUUCGAAAUCAAAUCCUAACAGUUUAAAAAUUACACUUAUAUGUAUUUUAUUUUGGAAAAAAAUAAAAACGGAUUAUGGUA